CCUUUGUCAAUUUCACCCUGUUCCUCUCCUCCCUUCCUCCCGCGCGCCUUGCCUUCCCACAGCAAGAUGCGGUUGCAGUUGGUUCUUUGUGCUGUUGCUUGCUGCUUGCUUCCGCCAUGCACUGCUCAGCUCCUCCAAGGUCUAACGGCUGCUGGCAUUGGUGGCCCGGUCGCCGUGGGAUCUCUCUUUACUCUCAAUACGGCUAUGCUCAUCGCCCUCAUAUUAUCCUUCGGAGGGAGACAGAAGAAACUGCGGCGCAAGAUCGGGCGGCCCAUCCUCGUGCCAUACCAACGGAGCAGCUACACUUCCUACAGGAUGGCGAAGUCGAUCUCCGGGCCCGACACCGACUCCCUCGAGGAUGAAGAAGAGCUCCUCCUCUCAGCCAUCGAGGAGCUGGACACCUUAGGAUGCGUCCCGAAGAUGCUGUGUUACCUCCAGACCAAGAGCCGAGACCAGUGGAACGCCGAGGAAACAGCGCUCGUCGAUACCUUCAGCAACACGACCAACGCUGCCUUCCUGUUCGCCCUCGACCUCGGCAGCAGAGGACCCAAUCCUAUAGUUUGUGAUCAGGCAUAUCCUAAAUGCGCUUUGAAGGAUGCUGAUCUCAGGGCUUCCUUACAGACGGCCGGGCAAUGUAGUUCUUUUCUUGAGUCAAUACCUUAGUUGGCAAUUCUGAUUAUUAAUGGCAUUAAGCUGCUUUUCUAGUUCUUAAGCUUGCUAUGAUAAGCAGUAUGUAUGGUGAGAGGCCAACACAAGGAGGAGGUCAUGAGUACAAUGUUUUAUCUGUUGUGUAGCCAUAUCUUGUUAAUUUAUUCACUAUUUAUUUAUUUUGUUUUACAUUGUUGCGUUUUCAUAAUAAACGUUUAGACAAUA